GCAGGCGGGCUGCACUACGAGCUGACUGAGGGGGAUGUCAUCUGCGUGUUCUCGCAGUACGGGGAGGUCGUCAACAUCAACCUGGUGCGGGACAAGAAAACCGGGAAGUCCAAAGGGUUUUGCUUUCUGUGCUAUGAGGACCAGAGGAGCACCAUUCUCGCCGUUGACAACUUCAACGGGAUCAAGAUCAAAGGAAGGACCAUCCGCGUGGACCAUGUGGCUAACUACCGGCCCCCCAAAGAUUCCGAUGACUUGGAUGAUGUUACAAAAGCCCUCCACGCAAAGGGUUGUGGGGUAAAAACACCGCCUCAUACGUCAUCCGAUUCCCUGUCAGAGGAUGAGGAUGUGCCCGUAAAGAAGCAGAAAGAUAAGGAGAGGAGCAGGCAGGAACGGCCAAAGCAGAGCUCGCAGGCUGCGAAGAGAGCGGCGUCCGCAGAGGAGGUGCACCCCAGAGUGAAGAUUAAGAAGGAGAAGGAGGAC